UGGCGUAAGGCGCGCGCCGCGCUGUCAGUAGCCCCCGGCGCGGUCGCCGGAUUGACUAGAAGCGGGCAGGUGAUUCGGGAUCCCCCGGCCUCGCCGUCCGGAGGGCACCAUGGACGACAAGGUCAGGUAGAUCCCCCUCGCUGCUCCCGUAUCCGCAGGCCCGGAGAGCGUCCGCAAACCCCCUGCCAUGCACGCUCCUGCCGAAACUUGAGACUUCGGUGGGAGGGCGCAGGCCUCGCUGUCAACGAUGUCUUCAGGUUGAAGCACAAGCGAGAAUCCUUGCCCCGCUGGAUCAGUUAGUAGAAUCAAAAGGCAUCUUUGCUGUUCUCAUCUAUUAUGGUCAUCGAGGUGUUUUAUUAAGUAAAAAAAAAUUGCAAAUCAACAUAAUACAGUGCGUGUAAAAAGAAGUAAAGUAAGAGUUAAUUGAAUACUUUAAGUCUCAGAUGAAAGAGGAUCCUGACAUGGCCUCGGCAGUGGCCGCCAUCCGGACUUUGCUGGAGUUCUUGAAGAGAGAUAAAGGGGAGACGAUCCAGGGCUUGAGAGCAAACCUCACCAAUGCCAUAGAGACGCUGUGCGGCGUGGACUCCUCGGUGGCCGUGUCCUCCGGCGGGGAGCUCUUCCUCCGCUUCAUCAGCCUCACCUCCUUGGAGUACUCUGACUACUCCAAGUGUAAAAAGAUCAUGAUUGAAAGGGGAGAGCUGUUCCUCAGGAGAAUAUCCCUGUCGAGGAAUAAAAUCGCAGAUCUGUGCCAUACGUUCAUCAAAGACGGGGCGCGAAUCUUGACUCACGCCUACUCCAGAGUGGUCCUUCGAGUCCUGGAAGCAGCCGUGGCAGCCAAGAAGCGCUUCCACGUGUACAUCACGGAGUCCCAGCCCGACCUGUCGGGUAAGAAAAUGGCCAAAGCCCUCUGCCACCUCAACGUCCCUGUCACUGUGGUGCUGGAUGCCGCUGUUGGCUACAUCAUGGAGAAAGCUGAUCUGGUCAUUGUGGGUGCGGAAGGCGUGGUUGAGAACGGAGGCAUCAUUAACAAGAUUGGAACCAACCAGAUGGCUGUGUGUGCCAAGGCACAAAACAAGCCCUUCUACGUGGUUGCAGAAAGCUUCAAGUUUGUGCGGCUCUUCCCGCUGAACCAGCAGGAUGUCCCUGAUAAGUUCAAGUACAAGGCAGACACUCUGAAGUCCGUGCAGACCGGGCAGGACCUGAAGGAGGAGCACCCGUGGGUGGACUACACAUCUCCUUCCCUGAUCACGCUGCUGUUCACAGACCUGGGCGUGCUCACGCCCUCAGCAGUCAGCGACGAGCUCAUCAAGCUCUACCUCUAGCCGCUCCCUCCGCCCGCGUCUGGCGGCCGCGUCUCCACUGAGCACCCAACAAAACUCAGCUUGUUUUUAAAGGACAUUGUGGACAAAGGAUCUAUAUCAUAAAUCCUGGAGUAUCUUUUUUAUUCGUGGCUCAGUCCCAUCUAAAAUUUAUCCAAAAACCAAACCUAAACUUGCUUAGUUUCCACAAACUUGCAGUCCCUGUCCAUUUCCAGAAACCCAAGUUAGACUGUAGACUCCCUGCUGACGGAAGCCUGCGUCCAGCUCCCUUCCUGUCCUGCUCGCCUCACUGACUGGCCGAAAGUGUCCACGGAAGUGAUGCGCACUGCAGGCGGGGUCCCAUCUACAGCCAGGCCCCUCUGCCGUAGUGACCAACAGUGGCCAAGACUCUGCACACGGUGCCUUGAAACGAAGGCAGGAGACACGGGAACCUGCAGCAGGGUCCAGCCAGGUGGCACAAGCUGUGAGGCACAGAAGGCUGGCAGGAGCGUGGCUCACCGCUCUCCUCCUGGAAUGUGUGUAAACCUAGGGUCUGUAUCCGUAAAAGAUGGAAAUUUCCUUUAAACAUGUUGGGUCCUGGACAGCUUUUUAAAAUUAGACUUGGGGCCCAAUUGAGGAUCUUUACAAAUAAAUUGGAAGGUUUGAUAUGGCA